AUGCCGAAUCCUCCUCCUGCCUGGGUCCAGGCCUUGACGCCUGCCGAACCGCAAGGAACACAAUUGCUCGCCCAAGAGCGUGCUCAGUCGAAUAUCGACGUUGACAAGCUCGGCGAGCUCCUACACACUAAAGAAGCCCUGGACAAGCAAAAUAGUAUUCUCUCCGUGCUCAAGUCGGAGAAGGUGUUUGACAAGUCUCGGAACCACACCCUUGGUCGGACCGAGAAGAUCCAGCUCGCCCUGGCUCGGGGAAAGCGUCUACAACAGCUGAAAAAGGUGCACGGCUGGUCAGAUGAAGAUGCCUACGUGGCCAAUGAGUUGCUUGCAGAGCCAACCCCUUACGGCCUGCAUGCCUCCAUGUUUUUGGUGACCUUACGGGAACAAGGAUCCCCGGAACAGCAGAAACUGUUCUACGAGCGAGCUGCGAAAUACGAGAUCAUCGGAUGCUAUGCGCAGACAGAAUUGGGUCACGGAUCCAACGUGCGUGGACUGGAGACCACGGCUACAUGGGAUCCCGAGGACAAGACGUUCAUCAUCCACUCGCCGACGCUGACGGCCUCAAAGUGGUGGAUUGGCUCGCUCGGCCGCACGGCGAACCAUGCUGUGGUGAUGGCGCAGUUGUUCAUUGCUGGCAAGAACUACGGCCCGCACCCGUUCGUUGUCCAGAUCCGUGAUCUUGAGACUCACCAGCCGCUGGAGAACAUCUAUGUGGGCGACAUUGGUCCGAAGUUCGGUUACAACACCAUGGACAAUGGCUUCCUCCUGUUCAACAAGGUCAAGAUUCCCCACAUCAACAUGCUGGCCCGUUUCGCGCAGGUCGACAAAGCCACAAACAAGUACCUGAGGCCCGCCUCUCCUUCCCUUGUAUAUGGAACCAUGACAUGGGUGCGGUCAAACAUUGUCCUACAGGCCGGCGGCGUCCUAGCUCGUGGUGUCACUAUCGCAAUCCGCUACUGCGCUGUACGACGGCAGUUCCAGGACCGAGACGCCAAAGCAAGCGCAGAGGAGAACCAGGUCCUCAACUACAAGAUGGUUCAAAUCCGUCUACUACCCCUCCUUGCUGCCAUGUAUGCCCUGCACUUUACCGGUCGCGGCAUGAUGCGCCUGUACCAGGAGAACCAGGACAGAAUGAAAGCUGCCUCGCAGGCUGACCAGGAGAAGCGCGGUGCUGGACCUGAGCAGCUGCGUGCAGGUUCUGACCUUCUCGCUGACCUUCACGCAACUUCUUGCGGUCUGAAGGCUCUGGCUAGUACCACCGCCGGAGAGGGUCUCGAGGUCUGCCGUCGUGCAUGUGGUGGCCACGGCUACAGCAACUACAGCGGUAUUGGGCCGUGGUACUCUGACUAUCUGCCUACCCUGACCUGGGAAGGUGACAACUUUAUGCUGACGCAGCAGGUUGCGCGCUACCUCCUCAAAUCCGCUCGAGCCGUCCUCGCCGGCAAGGGAACCUCCAACGACACCUCCCGCAUUCUCCAAGCAUACCUCUCCCGUCGCGACAAGGGUGCCUCCUUCGACAUUCUUGGCGAUGACAGCGACAUUGUUGCCGCAUUCGCCUGGCGCACCGCCCACCUCACCUUUGAGACUCUCAAAUACCGCGACGUUGAGAAGCGCUCAUGGAACAGCCUCCUCGUCAACUUCUGGCGCCUCUCCACCGCACUCUCGCAGUACAUUGUCGUCAAGAACUUCUACGAAGCCGUCACCUCGCCUGAGCUAACCUCAACCCUGGACCCCGACACCGCCAGUCUCCUCCGAUCCCUCUUCCGCCUCUACGCCCUACACACACUUGAGCGCGAAGCAUCGGAGUUCUUCUCCUCCGCCGCCGUCACAGUCCGCCAGAUCGGUCUUACGCAAGCAAGCGAGGUCAUGAAGCUCCUCGAUGAGAUUCGGCCGCACGCCGUCCGACUCGUUGAUGCAUGGAAGAUUCCCGACUGGCAGAUGGAUAGCAGUCUUGGCCGGUAUGAUGGUAACGUCUACCCGGAUCUCUUCCGGCGUGCGAGCCAGGAGAACCCAGUGAACGACUUGGUGUUUGACCCGUAUCCGUGGAACGACAAUGUCUUGAAGAAUACUCCGCCAAAGAGCAAGCUAUGA